AUGAAAUCCGCUAGGAAACUAGUAUUUCAUUCCAACAUUACCGACCUUAUGCUAGUUUUUCUCUUCAUUGAAGCAACAAACGCCUUUAUGUUCGACUACAUAAGUGGUCCAACGACCAAUGAAUUAAGCGAGGAUUAUGCAAUCUUUAACGAUCAACUAACUAAAAGAUACGAAUUUCCAUCAAUGCAAUGGUCGAAAAAUCCUUGGAAAUUCAUAUUAAAUGCUUCUACACUUAAGAAGUUACCCGAAAGUUUCGCACCUCAGAUUUAUAGAGGAUUACGUGGUAAGAAAAGACAUGAUCUUCAAUAA